CAAUGUUUUCAAUACUACGUAUAAUUGAUCUCUGACGUUAUUGCCGUAGUAGGUAGCCAGUCAACACGAGUGAUUUUCUGUUUCAAUCGAAUAGUAUUGUAUAGUACAGCCAAAUCUCAGACACUAUGGCGACAUUGAGCAUUAAGUCUGACCAAGAAAUCAAAGAACUGUUGGACGAGUAUGGAAUUAAGCAUGGGCCUAUCGUUGACAGUACAAGACCCUUGUACGAAAAGAAGCUGAGAGAGGCAAUGGCUAAAGACAAGAAAGUGACAAAAUCAUCCACGGACAAAACCACAAAGCCUUCCACAGACAAAACCUUCUACAGAGAAGAGGAGGAAGAAGUCACCUAUGUCACCUAUCGGACACCUGUGAGGAGUGAGGGGCCUUCUGGAGAUGGGAAACCGUAUAUGAGGUCCAGACCCGACUACAGUGGGAGAGACUUCGUAGAUGAUGAAUCCUAUUCAAAAUCACAUCCAGAGUACAGCAGUGGAAGACACUAUGUUGAUGAUAAACCCUACUCAAAACCACGUCCUGAGUACAGCAGUGGGAGAGAUUAUGUUGCAGAGCCUCACAUCUACAAUACUCCGUCCAUGUCCUCGUACUCCUCUUACUCCAAACCCUCGUCUGUUGGGAGGCCUGCCGCCGUCGCUGGUGUGAAGCAGGGAUCCCCAGCCAGCUCCGGGAGACUGAUCCCCCUCUGGGUCCAGUUCCUGGUCUUCCUGGUUGUGGCUGGGUUCCUCUACUUCGUGUUCACCAACAUGGAGUCAGCAGAGACAAACCCUUUUAAUAGAAUCCAGUGAUCGAAAUCAAAUGUUGAAAUAGAUUUUCAGAUCUGUGCUAUAUUUGAUACAUGCCGAAAUGGGAGUGGGGGGGCGGCGAAUCGUGGAGGUACUGUUUGAACUUGGCCAAUAAGUUGCAGUCAUUUUUGUCUCCAGAAGGGCAAUGUGCAGAAGCAUUUUUCUGCAGUGUUCCCUAAGGAUUAUAAGCCAGUUUUAACACAUGGAUUUUACACAUUUAUUUGCCUCCAUGGAUGGGCGUCAUACUUUUAAACUCUUCGCUUGUGCUACUAUGUACACAUAUAUACACUUAUAUAAAGGUGCUGGGUGCUGGUAAUUUCUAUGACAUACUUCACUACUGUUGUAAAGGAAAGUAAUAGCAUCUCCUCGCGUUCCUAGUAACUAGAUGGUGUGAUGGUUUCAUAAAAUAUUUUCGCUGCGCUACAGGAAAAAGGUGGCUCCGCUGGGGUUUCUACUGUCUUGAUGAUCUUCUUGAAUGUCUAGCGUUCACUGCCCACGGUAAAAUGCAUGUACCGAAUGCUGUAUCCACGAUUCAAAACGGUCCGUUGAGUAUGAUUUGAUUGUGGAAAGGUCAAGGUUCAUUCCUGACACGCCGUGCAGUCCGGUUCCUGAUCGCCAAGCUGAGAACGACUAGACGCGGCGUUCCUGAGAACCGAGAACCCUGGCGCAUCUGUGGCAUUACCGAGUUCUCAGGGAAGUGCCUCAGCAUGUUGACCUGACAGUGACUCCAUCCACCCGUUUAUCAAAAUGCAAUCGCUGUUGUGGUGUAUUUGUCAUUUAAAUGGUUGUUGGGUUUAAUGUCCGUUCUGGUAUUUGUUUAGAUGUGUUCAUGCUACUCCAGUUGCAUGAAGUGGUGGUGAUAAGCGCCACCACUUCAUGCUCUGUGACUGCGCCUGGGGUAUCCUUUGAAAUGCCCCCUUUUUUUGUGUUUCCAGAAACCCGUCUGUUUUUGUCGGCGAUCACUUACAUUUUUAUAACUCAAUGUGGUGCACUUAUUUCCCUGUAGACGCUGGUUGAAACAAGUGCCCUUCAGAGGCAGUAGAAUGCCACCCGUUAGUACAAAUGAAAUGAAAAUGCUCUUGAGCUGGACAGUUUCUAUUCAGAGAUAUAUCUGACUGUCUACAAUUUUCUAUCCAGACAUUUUGAGUCAUUAUUUUUGAAUCUCCAACUAAAGGAAUUUUUAAUAAAUGUUUUUUUAAUCUAACAUUGUGUUAUUUCAUAAACAACUCCCAAUA